AUGAUCACGUUCAUUGAAGCAGUUCCCCCUCCAUUCUCGAACGGGGGUGAUGAUAAACAAGGUUGGAAGUGGGAGCAUAAUCGACAGUUCACGACAAAAAGUGCUUAUCGGCAUCGUGCUAGUCCCUACGCGGAUCAAGAUGCAACUUCAUGGGAUUUUCUUAAUAAAUACAAAGGAACUCCGAGUGAAGAUGCUGCUGUGGUUAAUUUGCAAGGGACGGCUACUCUCGAAUGUAGAACGAGCUCGAAGACAUCUUACCUCGGAGGUAAAUUGUGCGAUCUGUGGGGCUGCUCUGGAAUCGUCUUCCCACGUCUUAAGGGAUUGUCCAGUGGCGAAAGCUACUUGGCAAGACGGAACAGACCACUCUUUGACGAGGACUUUGGUGUGGGAGAUAGCAUCUUUGAUCGAAGCAAUCGCCUAGUGAAUGAAAUGGUAAGUUCUCGAGCUGCCCUCCUGAAUGCGCGGUUGGCACAGGGAAUUUUCAAUAACCGACAGGAUGAAAGGUGGCAGCCACCGGCUAGUGGGUGGUUUAAAUUGAACUCUGAUGGGGCGAGACAUACGAGCACAGGAAUAACGUCGUGUGGGGGAGUUAUUCGGGAUGCAAAUGGCGAAUGGAUCAUGGGUUACGCUAAACCCAUAGGAACUUGUUCUGUGUUGGAUGCUGAACUAUGGGGUAUCUUUGAAGGUCUCAAAUUAGCUUGGCAUAUGCAACUUCCAGCGGUUAUUAUCGAAACGGACAGCAGUGAUGCAGCUGCGGCUUUGAAGGAAGAUGGGAAUCGAUGGGGUAUUUCUUAA